AUGGCGAACCGAAAGUCUUCUGCAAAGCCACCAAUAUCAAAGCAGAAAACAGGCAGUCUCUCACGUAUAGAGAAACAGAAAAUAAGGCCUGAUACCAUCCUCAACAGAUCAGUCUUGAUUGACAGAAAAAGAAAGAUUGAUGCCAGAGCCUUAAUUGAUAUCGACGAAAGAUAUCCAUUUGUUUCAUUGCUGCAAGCAAUCAAUCUCAGAGCAGAGAAUCUAGCACGACAAGAUGUAAACUUUCCAUUAAUGGAUAUUUCAGCAUUGUAUUGCAUCGGUAUCGCUGUAAAAGAGUAUGUCAGCUUCUUAAGUAAAAAAGAUUCGAUCUCUAGUUAUGGAGAUUACGAUAGAAAAGAGGGCGAGGAACACCAGAAGGGAGCAAGAUACGUCGAUGAGAGUAAUGAUGUUGACAAUGAAUUCGAUACCCAACCUUCAUAUCCCGUUAAUAGUACGUUUGAUAUGAAUUCCGACGAUAAUAGUGCUGAUGAUAGUAACCACUCAGCGAUCAGUUCAGCAGAUGAUUGA